AUGAAGUACAAAUUCAAUUAUCCGAGUGGCAUUGUGCCAACCUUUCCACAAAGCGAGCCUAUUCAUCAGGAAAUACCGCAGACGCCGCACCCCCUUAUCUAUAGCGGCACAGCGGCUGAGAGUGACCGCCCCAAUCAUGCCGAAGUGGCCAAACGCCCCCACAACCCUCCUCAAUAUUGUGCCAGAGUCGAAUCCCAAAGGCAGACACCCACCCGCGAGGACUUGGAAUCCCGGAUCGUCCAACUCUGGAAGAAUGUCUGGUUAGGUCUGUAUCAGGCCGAAAACAGAGAGAUCCGCUCUCUUUACAUUCGGCUCGAGGCGCUCUACCUGGGCACCGGAUUGACCCACAAAUUUCGACUAGGCGAGCUUCAUCUUCUCAACCGUUCUUUAAGUGAAUGGAGUAUCAAUAGCGGCAUUGCCAGCUUGAAGCUGUUCGAGAACCUGUCAUUCUUGACGCUUCAGUCUGUGGUCGAGAUCCUGGAGGCAUACAAGUGCGAGAUUGCAAACUUAGACCGGCUCUUUUCCAUUUUGCGGAAUUCCCAAACGAGUCUACAUGGGAACAAUGACCGCCAGAAAGCAGAGGUGGAAAAAGACUUCUUUGCGGUGUCAGCGCCAAUGGAGAGGAGAAUCAGGCAGUAUGAUAUUCGCAUGAACGUGUUGAACAUGGAUAUCUGUGAUGAGGCGAUGGCGCUCGGUGUUAAAACUCGGCAAAGGGGACAGCAUGUUUAUUAUCGAGCGUUUCCUAACCAGCAACCAGUCUUGGGAAUAGCCGCAGAUUUUCCUCUCUUGAGGUUCCGGGUUAUGUUCAUUUGUUUGAAGAAGAUCAUUUCACCGGCCUCUCUUUAG